GUCAUUUAUGUAUAUCACUUUAAGUGAAAACUUUUGCAAGAAAACAUGUUCUCAAAUUUUAACGAUAUAAGUUAAAGCUAAGAAGUUCACUUAAUCAGUUCUUAAUUGCCUUCAUAGAACCCAUUUUUAACCUAAAAGUGACCUCUCACUCCACAAAAGCCCUAGCUCACCUCGGCGCGUUUUCAAAUGGAGAACGAUGGCAACAACAGAAACGAUGUAUUGCCUUCGCAAGCUCUGCAAUCCCUAUCAAUUUCUCCUCAGCCACAGCUAAGCGUUCAGGAGAGGUUCGAUAUAGUAAGGAGCAUUGGUGAAGAGUGCAUACAGGAAGAUGAGUUGCAGAGAUUAUUGGCUAACAAACCCCAGCCCAUUUGCUAUGACGGGUUUGAGCCCUCGGGCAGAAUGCAUAUUGCUCAGGGUGUUAUGAAGGCAAUUAAUGUGAACAAGCUGACUUCUGCUGGCUGCAAAGUGAAGAUAUGGAUUGCAGAUUGGUUUGCCCAGCUGAACAACAAAAUGGGUGGCGACCUGAAAAAAAUCCAAGUGAUAGGGCAGUACCUGAUCGAGAUAUGGAAAGCAGUGGGGAUGAAUAUUGACGGAGGUCAGGUCGAAUUUCUGUGGUCUUCUGAGGAGAUCAAUUCUCGGGCUCAUGAGUAUUGGCCUCUUGUUAUGGACAUAGCAAGGAGGAACAAGCUUCCUAGGAUAGUCAGAUGUUGUCAAAUUAUGGGCCGUACGGAGCAAGAUGAAUUAUCGGCAGCUCAGAUCUUCUAUCCUUGCAUGCAGUGUGCUGAUAUUUUUUUCCUUAAGGCUGAUAUUUGCCAAUUGGGCAUGGACCAAAGGAAAGUAAAUGUGCUUGCAAGGGAGUACUGUGACGACAUCAAAAGAAAAAAUAAGCCUAUAAUUUUGUCCCACCAUAUGCUACCAGGUCUGCAGGAAGGACAGGAGAAGAUGUCUAAGAGUGAUCCAUCUUCAUCCAUUUACAUGGAAGAUGAAGAGGCCGAUGUGAAUUUGAAAAUAAAGAAAGCAUUCUGCCCCCCAAAAGUUGUGGAAAAGAACCCAUGCCUGGAGUACAUCAAGUUUAUCAUUUUUCCAUGGUUCAAUGAGUUCACAGUCGAGCGAAAACCAGAGAAUGGAGGUGACAAGACUUUCAAGAAUUUUAAAGAUUUAGCCGAUGAUUAUGAAAGUGGGGAAUUGCACCCUGGGGAUCUCAAACCUGCUCUAGCCAAAGCAUUGAACCGGAUUCUACAGCCGGUUCGUGACCAUUUUAACAGCGAUCCCAAAGCUAAGGACCUGGUGAAAAGGGUGAAGCUCUAUCCUGUGAGCAAUCCUCCCUACCAAACAACAGCUUCUGAUGUCCCACAUCGAAAACCAACCUCACGUUCUGCUGUUGGUACGCGCCUAAAACCGUCUCUUUAUUCCACUCUCACCGCCAGGCAAAUCCGAUCCUCCGCCACUCUGAACACGUUCUCCGGCUGCACCUCCAAAUCCCCCCCUUGGAAAUGGUACGUCAUGCUCGGGUAG